AGAAAGUAAAAAAACGGCAACUACGCCUUUUACUUUACUCAGUGUCAAGAAAAAGUGGGCAACGAGCUGGAUACCGCUUUUCCGUUUCUCCCCGAAUAAUUUCGAGGUGCGUGUGCGCACACGCCGGUUAAUACAGCCUUUUUGUUGAUUAGAAGCGCUAGCUUCUCUUCUUUCAUACUUAUCGAGUACCCAGUGACGCGCUCCCGGCUACUUCUAGGUUCGUGCCUUUUUCGCGGCUGCUGUGUGCUUGCGCGUGGCUCCCACCGCAGAUAGCACAGCGAUAAUCCAGCCUGCACCUUCUGCGUACUUCGUGCGGACCACCUAGCAUUCACAGGUGAAGUGUGAGUGUGUGCUUGUGAGAAUCAUCGCCGGAAAAGCAUCGUUUCCGUUCUGCUGCAAAGGAAGGGCAAAUUCAACGCCAAAUACACCCCUGCCGAGGCUUCAUCGGCACCGGCGUCACCACGGCUUCUCUCUCGUCCCUUUUUUCUUCGCUUUCUGCUUUCUUCUAUUUUUUUUUAAUUUUUUAAUAUCCGUGUGUUUUUCCACCGUUGACGACCCCGUCGUGCUUUUGCUCCUUUCUCUCUCUCUUUCUUUUUAAACUUCUCUGAAAACGCUGAAUCUGUUGGCUCUCUUAAUUCGCUUUCAUCUGAUUGUUGCUUUGCUCUUGUCGCCGUCUCAAAUUCUGCGUCGUCAUUCGCCGGAAAAGCCGUCCGUUGUCGUCAUCAACGCUCAGGAACGUACGUAUGCUUCGAAAAGACACCAAAUCAACACAGUCUUACGCCGAACUCACCCAAGCUUCUUCAACGCUGCUUUUUUAAACCGUCUCGUUCAGUCACUGUAAAGCGUGCUGUUCGUUUUGUUAUUAUUAUUUUCCCACUUUGACUGGUACGGGAGUCUUUUUUUUGUUUAAACAUAUGUAUUUUGUAUUUUGCCGGUGUUUUUGUUUCGUCUUGUUCUCGCGUGCACGGCUUCUCUGCCUCCCUUUUUUGAAUACAGAGUCUAUCAUCUGUGAAAGUAAUACACAUACACGGUUUGCAAGGCAGUGGCUCGCUUCCGACCUGCCACAGGUCUUAAUUCCGUUGUUUUUGCGUGUCUAUUUCUUCUUUUUUUUUCUUAUUUGGCGGCUGACGUGAUCUACUCUGUAACUGUGCUCGCAACUGUUAUCUUCCGCGAAAGGACGUGACAAGCCCACCUCAACGGAGCGCGUGAGAAAAAACAGGAUAGAUGGUGUACACAUUAUCGUAGCUGAUUCCUCUGCACCUCCCUGUUGUGGGCAUUUUUCCGCGUGCUGUGGAUAACACUGCAGGUUUUUUUUUAAGUUUCUCUGCUUUUAUUAUUGUUGUUAUCUUUUUGUUCACUAUUAUUAUUAUUAUUACUUUUGGUUUCUUGCAGCGGUUAAACAAUUCAGGAAAGCGUGUGGUGUCUGUGCUUCCUGCUGCGGCAUUCCGUUUCCCUCCCCUUUUGCCGUCUUUGAUCGUUUGAUAUUCCUGAUUGUCGUGUCAUCAUUGAAUUUUUUUUCCUUCUUCUGCGGUGUGUGUGUAUAACUAAUAUCCCCUAAACGAGUGUGCUUUAUUUUGUAUUUGAUACGUGCGUGUUCACUCUCUCCCGCGCGCCCCUGCAGGGCCUCGAAUGAACACUUCGCCUACGGCGACACACUCCCUUCCCGACGCGGCGCAACAGGGUGAGAAAUCGUACUUUGAGUGCCCCAAAUGCCACCGACAAUGUAAGAGCCGGACUUGGUUUCUGAAGCACCUGGAGACGUGCUUCAAAGGAUCCACUCAAGCCAUCACAAACGGGUCGACCAACUCACCCGUGCCCGCCUCGGGAGAGGCAAACGCCGCCACGCCGCCUGCGUCACAGCAGCAGCAGCAGCACUAUCACCACCACCACCGACUACCGCGCGGCACCGGCGCCGAUGACGCCGUUUCGUCGCCCGUGUACGAGUCCAUCGGGAGCUCCUCCCCCACCUCCUCGGUCCACUCCUACCAAGAAGGACAGAGUAGACGAAACUCUCGACUGAAGUUCGGCGGGGAGGGCCGCAGCGGCAGCAACGACAUGCCGCUGGACCUCAGCGACUCAGGUGUGAGCCCCAACUCGGGCGCGUCGCGUACCUCGGCGCUCGCCUUCGGCUUCAAACACUCGUACGCUGACCCCAACCAGACCGGAUCCAUGGCGAAGUCUCCCCACUGCAACGCUGACGAUGCGUCGUCGAGAGCGUUCCAGGCUUAUUAUAGUAACAACACUCUACCGAAUAAUAACGCUAGUAAUGGCGGCGGCAGCGUUCCGCCCCGUCUGUCGCACCGGACAAGCAUGUCACAGGGCAUCUCCUCGUUCGUGGGCAGCCUUCUUGGCCUACGCGCCGGCACCGGCUCCGGCGAGAGCGGCUCCGCUGCCUUCUCCAAUCAACGCCCGGUUGUCGCACCCCCCGCUGCUGCCGCCGUGACGUCCGGGUAUCAGGGGGUCAGCUUUGCAGAGGAGGUUGCACCGCAGCAGGCACCAGCGCGCCAGGGCAGCUUCCGACUGCACUCGGACGGCACGUGGACGCAGUACACCCCGACCGCGUCCUCCUCGUCCUCUUCGUGCGAUGACGGUGACGAUGCGGGGAUGAACGGCGGGGACUCGUUCCUCGCGCACUCGAGCCGGCAGUCCUCGCAGAGCCUCAGCCGCAACGGCACCAACCAUCGCGGCCCUCAGCACAGGAGCAGCAAGAGUUGUACGAGUCGGCCCCCAAACAGCCGUGAUCCAAGGAGUUCAUCGCUGUUCGCGGGAAGUCGACUGAUAUCACCCGUAGGACCCGACACACUCAGCGAGCCGCGAGUGUACGAGCGCAACGGCAGCGCCGGCAGCAACCGCAACGAGAGCGGGCCGGGCGCGGAAAGGCAUCCAUCGUUAAGUUUCGCUGCCACAUCGAGCCUGCCGCGUGAGCAAGAGCGGUUGGUGCCACGCCUCAUGAUGUGCGGCAACGUAGGGGACCAAACCCCGUUCGAGCGCAAAGGCAGCGGCGGCGGCGUCGACGGCAACGUGAACGGCGACCGCCUCUCGCGCUCGCAGCACGGCAGUGCCUCGCCAGGUUCGCUCAGCUGCGUUUCGUCGUCCGCCUCGCCGCUGUUUGCCCAGGCGAUGGCGAGCCCGUCGUCGCGGAACGUGAGCACCUUCCCCCAGCCGGGGACCAGCAGUGGCCGCAUCAGCGGCGUGAACGGCGGUGGGGGGUGCCCAAGCGGGGUGCGCACGCCGCGGCAGAGCGAACGCAGCGGUGCUGUCACGCCGCGACCGAUCUCUUUUCAGCGCGGCCGCGCCGUCGGCUCUGGUGGCUUCGGCACCGUCUACCAAGCCAUCCUCUCCGACGGCUCGCUGGCCGCCGUGAAGGAGCUGAAGCUGGAGAACACGAAUCUGAAAGCGAUUGACCGCGAGGUGCGAGCAAUGAGCAGCAUCCCUCCGCAUCCGAACUGCGUCCGCUACCUCGGCUCGCGGUACAGCGCGCACCACUACUACCUUAUCAUGGAGUACAUCAGCGGUGGCAGCAUCAACGCACUGCGCAAGUCCGUGGGCCGCUUCCGCGAGUCGGUCUUCCAGCGCUACGCCUACAUGGUGUUACUCGGUCUGUCCCAUCUGCACGCGCACGGCAUCGUGCACCGCGACAUUAAAGGUGCCAACGUGCUGUUGGAUGAAAGCGGGUGCGCGAAGAUUGUCGACUUCGGCUGCAGCCGAGACUUGAAUCAGGCCACCACCACGCUAACCGGCGGCGGGACACCGCUCUGGAUGGCACCGGAGGUGUGCCGAGGCGAGCCUGCCACUGAGAAGUCGGAUGUCUGGGCCUUUGGCUGUCUGUGCCUGGAGAUGACGAACGACACGGGGCUGCCGUGGAGCUUUCCGGCAAACAUCACACUGCAGGGCGUCGUCUACGCUCUCGCGUGCGCCAAGACCUCGCCGCCCAUCCCGACCGACCUCUCCCCAGAGGCUCAAGACUUCUUGCAGAGGUGCCUGAAAAUAGACGCGGACGAGCGGGCGACGGUGGCGGAGUUGCUGCAGCACCCCUUCUUCGACGUCGACUUGAUGGAGGACUCGGACGAGGACGAAAUGCUUUCCUCCUGCCCGCAGUCGGCGGUGAAGCGGGCGGUGCAACAGGUGCAGCGCAGCCAUAUUCAAGACGUCCGGGUAGCCGACAGCGACGACGGAGACGAUGAUGAGGUGCGUGCCGGCCCGCUCGUGCUGGGGCAGGCGUUAGGCGCACGGUCGCCUCGCACCAACCAGCCGCAGAAGAGCUCCGGCCUCAGCGGCAACGUCGGCGAUUUGAUCAUCACCUCUCAACUCACGCAUUCCAAGAGUCCCUCUGGUCCGCGCCUGGAUCACUACCCGCGCAGCGUGAACGUGGGCUUCAGCUUACAAGCCGUCGACGAUGAAGAUGACGAGGACGCGGCGGCGGGCAGCAACACGGAGGGCAGCGGUCAGCCCCAGCUCUUCCAAAGCGCACGGGCAGAGGCAGCCGCCACUGCGCCGGAGGAGCCCUCCGCGUUUGGCCCCGACAGCGAUGUCAACGAGGACGUGGAUGACACGCCGCUGCUGCCAUCCACGAGCGUGCCGGCGAGCCGCAUGCCGAUGCCCCCCAAAGGCAGCGCCGCCGGCCCCGACAUAGAGAACGAGGACGAGGACGAGUACACGCAGAUGAUUGCGGAAAUCAUCACCGAGGCACGAGAGGCGUACACAGAUGAGGAGCGGCGCAUGACGGAGCAGCGGCGUCGUCGCAACGAUCUAUACCCCAGCAGCGACGAUGACGAUGACGGCAGCUUCAGCGACAGCAGCCUCGACACGUCCGCCGGGCGUGCGGCGGUCAGCCGCGAGCGGCACCCACGUGCUCUGUCGCCCAGCGGCGCGUCCGGCGAGAUCACCAGCGGCAGCGAUGCCGACGGUGACGACGAUGGCAGAAGCGCGGACGGCGGAGGGCCACAGAAGCACAAACUGGGUGAUACCUGGCGAGCAGCGCACACCUCCCCCAGUCCGAUCGUUUCCCUACCUCAAGCUCACCCCCGCGGCGGCAGGGAAGACGCGAAAGUGGAAGGAAAACGCGGAAGUCUUCUGAGUGCACAGACACCGCCGAAUAUACAGACGGACCAAAAUAGCAUAGGACAGCCAGGGGCCACUGACAGGGGUGCCACCUCUUCGCGGUACGACACGACCCCACCGAAAACGUCGGCCGCAGACACACGGACGCCGCUGUCGUUGCUGGCUCAGACGCACGCGGACCCGCAAGGCGUCUUUCCUGUCUCUUCUUCAAACCCGCUGACGCGAUCGUCGGCGGCAGGAGGGUCGCAGCCUCUCCAACAGCAGUCACUGCUAUUCCCCUCCACCACCACCACCUCGUCCCUCGGCUCGCACCGCCCUUCCCCGCGUCACCCCACCCCAACAUCGCUGGCGCAGCAGUCCUCGGUGUUUCGCGAGGCGGCGCCACGAGAAACGAUGCGUGAGACCCACCUCUCCAUGAGCGCCGUGACACCGCCAAAAGGGGUCGCCGCCACGUCCAAUGGGACGCUGCAGUCGCCCCGCGAGCCGGGCGGUCCAGGGCGUUCCUCUGCCUCGGCGCAGCCUCACCACGUGCGCCUCUCCCCCAGCUUUCUGCCGCUGCCCACCGCCGCCGCUACGCUGCCACCGCCAGCCGUCAAUGCGACCGCGUCGACCGACGCAGGCCGCAACUCCGGCUCCGUGGACGGUCAACGCAGCCCACGCACGUCGCAGUCGCAGUCGACGCCGGCGCUGGCGGUGGGCGGGCCAAGCCGGCCGUCUUCUCAGGGAUCAACGGCGCUGGUCGCCUUCCCCCGUCACUCCCCUAACCGCGCCCCGGUGGAGUGGUACACCGGCGGAGCUGGGCGACUGGAGCGCAACGUGACGUGGCAGACCGGCGGUUCGGCAGAGCAGCCGAAGGAGCUGUCGAUGGCGCAGAAAGAGAUGCAGGAAAUGCUGGACUGGGGCAGAGACAGCGACCACCACUCGAGCACCGUCUCCUCCUCAUCCCCAGGCACCCUGAAGCACAGCUUCAAAGAUUCCUCUAGCGACAACGCGGGGGGGAGCCACGACGCACAGCGCCACCGCCGCAAGCAUCGCAGCGCGGAGAAGGAUUCUGAGAGCCCGGCGGCAAAGGAUCCGGUGAAAAGCCUGUCUUCGUCGGAGAAGGUAGACGGCAAGCGACGGCACCUCGGUCUGGGUCUCUUUCGCAGUCGCAAAAGCAAGUAA